AUGAACACAAAGAAUGAAGCCUCACUCUUCACAAUUCACAAGUCUCUCACAAAAAUCCUAGUCCCAUCCGACUCUGCGAUCCAUCCAUCGGCUUUAGCAGCAACAUUACUUCCCUUAAUUUUACAAUCCACCGCACGUGCAAUUGAAUCUGUCAGAGACAAACUAAUAAAGGAAACACAGCACCGGCUCCGAGGAGUCGAGAACGGGAAGGAGAAGGUUGAAGAAGGAAGGAAGUCAAGGAGCAGCAAGAAAGGAUCAUCAGUGUCGACAGCUCUGAAGCUGUACGAGGACCCAUGGAAGAUAAAGAAGACGCUGACGGAGAGCGAUCUGGGAAUCCUGAGCAGGCUGCUGCUGGCGGCGGACAUGGUGAAGAGGCACAUUCUGCCUAUGCUGGGAGGUGAAGGCGCAAGAGCCGCAGAGAGCGAAGAAGGAACGCAGGUUAGGGUUUGGGACACGGACACCAAAUCCAUGCACCAGCUGCUGCUGAAGCGGUGGUCGUCUUCAAAGAGCUAUGUUCUGAUCGGCAAGUGGAGUCAGGAUUUCGUGAGGCGGAGGGAAUUGAAGAAAGGCGAUGAGAUUGGCUUCUACUGGGACCCAUAUACCUCCCUCUUCAACUUCUGUGUUCUUAAGCGCGCUAAUGGCUCUUAGUUAAAUCUACCAGAAUGACAUAUAUAUCCGUAGACAUAUAUUAUAGAUAGUAUUUCUGUUUGUAGCGAUUGAUCUUUCAGAAAUUCCUACUUCGCCGCAUUACUAUCUCUAUGUAUGUGAUCCUAUUUUUCCAGUAUAUUCACACAUCCACUGAUGAUGCUUUUGUUGGUA